UGGUGAUUCCCCCUGCCAACCAGAGAGGAAACCACCAACACCAACAACCAAACACCAGCCAGCCAGCUCCCACCUCGCUCCUGUGUUCCCCUUACCUCUCCUUCUUCGCUCGUUUGUGCUCGCUGACUGCCACACGGAGCACUGCCCACCAUGUCAGAGGAAUUGCCGGGCCUUGACCCAUCAUCUGUGCUCACGCCGGAGGAGGCGGCAGAGGACAUCAACCCGCUUCACUAUGCCGCGGCAAUGGGCGACAAGCAGUCCCUGCAAGGGAUCCUGCGCAUGGCCACCGCAGAUCAGGUCAACAUGUUGGACGUGUACGGCCGCACGGCCCUCGUUUAUGCCGUCGUCUCGGACAAGUUCACCUGCGCAGAAAUGCUCAUCCGCAAAGGCAUCUCCGUUGACACGCCAGAUGGAGAAGGGCGCACGGCACUGCACUGGGCCUGUUUCCACGACAAGCCCAAGAUGGUUAAGCUGCUCCUGGCCAAUGGCGCAGACACUUUCAUUCAGGACAACGACGGGCGCACGUGUGCGCAUCUCGCUUGCAGUGCCAAAUCCGUCAAGUCGUUUAUGGCCGUCGUCAAAGCCCGCGGCGCCGAUCACGACAUUGAUGCGCGGGACAACUGGGGGAUGGCGUGCAUCCACUGGGCGGCGUACGGCGGGAGCGUGGACAUGCUCAAGCACAUCUUGCUCAAGCUCGGUGGCCUUUUCCUCCUCCGCGACCAGGAGGGCAAGAGCCCCGUACAUUGGGCAGCCGGCAGCGGCAACCUCUCCUGUCUGCAGUUUCUCAUCACCUUCUGGAACAGCGGCAAGAACAGACACCCGGACGAGGUUGAUGUUGACAUGGACGUGGUGAACACGGUUGAUCUCGAAGGCCGCGCCCCGCUGCACAUUGCCGUUGCAUCUGGCAACGAGAAGGUCGUCAACUACCUGGCCUCCCUCAACACCAUCUCCAUCAUGCAGCAGGACUCCCUCGGCCGCACGUCACUGCACUGGGCAGCCCACGCCAACCACGCCAAGGCGGCCACCAUCCUCCUGCGCCGUGGCGGCACGCGCCAAUUCUUCACGGCGGACGCGAACGGCGCGUCGCCACUCCACUACGCUGCAAACGAGGGCAACGUGGACGUGGUCGAUGCGCUGCUGGCGUUUGAUGAUGUGCAUGACGUACCAGACACAUACGGCCGGACGGCGCUCAUGGUGGCAGCCAUCACCGGCAACAUCUACAUCGCCCAGUCCAUCAUCCUCUCCCGCAAGUGCGACGUGCUGGCAAAAGACCACGCAGGCAACACGGCGCUGCACGCGGCCGCCUACUACGGCCACCACGACAUCAUCGCCAUGCUCAUUCAUGCGGGUGCGCCUGCCCACGACCCCGACUUCACGGACAAGACGGCGCUGUUCCACGCAACAGAGGCCGGCCACGCGGAGUGCGUGCGUGUGCUGAUGGAGAAUGGGGCUGAUCUGAGUUUCCGUGACGAAGAGGGGCGCUCUCUCCUGCACUGGGCGGCAGUCUCGGGACACACAGACGUUGUGCGAGUGCUGUUGAGCUCGCCCGAGAUUGACGUGGACGCGAAGGACACGAGUCUCCGCACUCCGCUCCACAACGCAACGUUCAUCGGCAACGCCGAGAUUGUCGGGCAGCUGCUCGAUGCCGGUGCGAAUGUGGAUGCGCAGGAUGCAAUGGGCAUUGCCCCGCUGCACUGGGCCGCUUCCCGCGAACUCGUCGACGUCUCAAAGCUGCUGAUUUCGCGUGGCGCAACGGUGAACGUCUCGGAAUACCACGAGGAGAGGUUGACUCCGCUCGACUACGCCAACAUGACGUCGAACAGUGAACUCGUCAAGCUUCUCCGCAAACACAACGCCCUCACCAUUGAGGAAAUCAGGGACCAGGCAGCGCUGCAGCUGCAGGCGUGGUGGAAGGGCCACCAGGCGCGCAUCACCCUCCUGUCGCUCUUCAAGAAACAUCUGGGCGUGGAGGAAUCCAAGGCGGCCAUCGCUCCAAAGAAGGACUUUGAUGGCCAGCGACCCGUCAUGAAAUCGCGAUCCAGCAAGAAGGCAAAGCCAUUGUCGCCCUCUGCGAUUGUACCGAAACACGACCACCUGGAGCCCCUGCGCUACUCCUCCACGCCGAGCGUCACGAAAGAGCCGCUGCCCCAGAAGCGAUCAGGUGUGACGCUGCCGGAGAUCAAAGGCGCAUCACCAUCGCCGUCAAAGGCUUCGCUGCCCAUGCCAUCAUCGUCCUCCCACCACAGCACAUCCUCCCUCAGCGGUGCGACCACCACCACCAGUAGCACUGAUCGUCGUGCACGCCGGCGGGGGAAGACGAAGAGCAACGUGGUGCCGCUGCCCAGCAUCAACCGAACACCAGGGAUGGAGGCACAGCCGCUGUCGUCCGUCGGGAACAACAACAAGUCCUCGCCAACGGGCCGCAGGGGCAGUGUCAGCAAGCUCACGUCCCGCAAGCAGCAGCGUGCCGCGCACAAGCCCGGGAUCCCGUCACUGCCGAUCCGCAACGAGACGCAGGCGCAGGUGCAGCGGGAGCGCUCACGAGUGAAGGACAUUCGCGCAAAGGUCAUGGCCGCACGCGUCAUCCAACGCGCAUUCAGGCGGUGGCUGUUCCAUCCGGAGCGCCAGGUGCCGAGUCCCGUCCACUCGCCGCAGCGCCCGCGGGUGUUUGAGGGCACGGUUGGCUUCUCAGUGGACGAGAACGACAAGCGGCAACAGAUUGCUGCGCUCACCAUCCAGCUCGCCUGGCGCCAGUACAUCGGCAGAAGGGCUGAGCGCGAGGCCCGCCAGACAUCGCUGAACCAGUCGCUCGCGCGGCAGAUGGCGAGGCAGCGGCAGCAGAAGGCCGUCUACGACAGCACCGUGCCCGUCGUCCAGUGGAAGCCGACGCUAGCGCCGAUUGUGCGGCCGCUCGAGUUCCGGUCGCUGCCAUCCCCCGCCGUCACGUCGUUCACAAUGGCGCUCAACACAUACACGCAGCCGUUUGCCGAUAUCCAGCGGCACCGGCUGCAGCGGGCAGAGGAGAUGCUCCGUCUUCGCCAGGAGGACGCCGAGCGACGACUCAUGCAGACCGAGGAGAGGAUGCGCUCCGUGCUGUCUCUCACAGCGCAGCGGCCAAGCACCGCGCUGCUCUAUCCGGUAAUUGAGAGCGACCACGAGGACGCGGUUGCGUAUGAGCAAUUCCAACACGAUCUCCACCAAUCACAACAACAACAACAGCAGCAGCAGCAGCAGCAGCAGCAGCAGCGCCGCACACGUGUGGAUCCGCAUGAAAUUGUCCGCCAAUAUCAGGCCAAGCGGGGCAUUGUUGCGUGACACGCGCUGGUGAAUGGGAUGGUUGCGCGCUCUGGUUGGCCUGCUUCUCGCCGCUUUGCGCUGUUUUGAGCGUUUCUGUUCUUGAAUUGCCCCUUUGCUUGCUUGAUGCCUUGCUUGCUUCCAAUGCUCUGUGUUCUCUUCACCUCUUUAAUCGAUUGUGUU